AUAUAACUUCUCAAGGGAUUAUUCACCCAAUAGUCGUGUCGUCUGCCUCGCUCAGCCCGCUCCCCCAAACUAAAUUUCACUUAAGUUUGGAAUAAGAAGGGAAAUAAUGCCUCUAAACGAUAGAAAUUGAUUCUUUAAUUAUGAGCUCUAUUUUGAAAUACAUCCACGAAAGUAGAGAUUCAACGAUAACGACGCGCAAUGGUUGGCUUUGAUGAACAUGCUCAGAAACGUUUGACUGAUACUGAGUAUGCUGGGGCUGGUGCUGCAGCAGGAGGUCUGACAAGGGCUAUAAGUCAACCCCUGGAUGUCAUUAAAAUUCGAUUUCAGCUGCAAGUCGAGCCCAUCAAACAGCUUCCAGGCGCAAAGUAUUGGGGUGUCACUCAGGCUUUUAGACAAAUAAUUCAUGAAGAAGGCGUGAGAGCAUUAUGGAAAGGGCACGUACCUGCUCAAGUUCUGUCUAUUCUAUAUGGGGUUGCUCAGGCAACUUGCUUUGAAGUCCUCACCCGGGAAAUCUGGCAGCUUGUUCCUGAAUUGCGUGGAAGUCAGCAUCGCCCUUUGGUGCAUUUUUUUUGUGGUGGUGCAGCUGGUGUCUUUGCUAGUUUCAUUUCCUUUCCUUUUGACAUAGUUCGUACAAGAUUGGUAGCACAGGGAGAGCCAAAGGUCUAUGUAAGUAUGAGUCAUGCUGUAAGAGAGAUUCUCAGGAGGGAAGGACCAAAAGGCUUAUUUCAGGGUCUGGCUCCAGUACUAAUUCAAAUGGCUCCUCAUUCAGGAAUACAGUUUGCUAGUUACACUGCUCUCACUAGGCUGGCAUAUUUUUCUACGAAAGAAAAUAAAAAACCAGCAUUUCACCACAGCCUUUUGAUGGGAGCUAUUGCUGGUGCAAUAUCAAAGACUGCCAUAUAUCCUUUUGAUCUAGCCAAGAAGAGACUGCAGGUGACAGGUUUCGAUAAUGGACGAAUAGGUUUUGGUCAGACUUUCAAUACAUCAGGACUUUUCCACUGCAUUCAUAAAAUCGUGAAGACUGAGGGAUAUAUUGCACUUUACAAAGGAUUAUGGCC